GGGGUCCGCGGUUGGGCAGCGGCCACGUCACGGCCUCCCCUCCGGGCCGGGGCCGGAGCGCACCGGGAGAUCUGAACAUAGCUUCGCCCGCGUCCCCCCCGGGCUGAGGGGGCCGCCCUCGGACCGGGAGGCGACUUUUGACGACUUUGAGCUCGUCCCGCCAUGGAAGAAACCAAAGGUAUUGACAACCCGGCUUUCAUCCCAUCCAGCCCCAACCUCCAGCAUCAUUCGCCAGACCCUCCGGCCGAGGGGGAGGCCUCCAAACUGCUCUCCCCGCCCAUCCCCUCUGAGGAAGAAGGGGCGUCGGCGCCGCCGCCCCCCCGACAACAAGAGCAGACCCAGUCCCCGGAGCUGGAGGAAGGCUUGUGCGGCUGGGGCAACUUCACGCCCAGCUACCUGCAACGUUGGAACAACCCCAAGGGCUUCCUCUUUCACUACUGCCUCCUGGCCCUCACUCAAGGUAUUGUGGUAAAUGGUUUAGUAAAUAUCAGCAUCUCCACUAUUGAAAAGCGCUAUCAACUAAGCAGUUUCAUGACUGGUCUGGUGUCAUCAAGUUAUGAUAUUUCAUUUUGUUUGUUAUCAUUGUUUAUAUCAUUUUAUGGAGAAAGAGGACACAAGCCAAGAUGGCUUGCAUUUGCAUCCUUUAUGAUGGGAUUGGGAUCACUUGUAUUCACUUUGCCUCACUUUAUUAGUGGAAAAUAUGAAUUGGCAUCUGAAUAUAAAGAUACCUGCCCACAAACAAGAAUCCCUAACUUUUGCCAACGCAACAUAACAUCUUCACUUUCAAUCUACCUAUAUGUCUUCAUACUUGGACAGAUGAUGUUAGGAGUUGGAGGAACACCUCUCUAUACUUUGGGAACAGCCUUUAUUGAUGACAGUGUUCCCACACAUUUGUCAUCUCUUUAUAUAGGAAUUGGCUAUGCUAUGUCUGUCCUUGGCCCUGCUAUUGGCUAUGUAUUAGGAGGACAACUUCUAACCAUCUAUAUUGAUUCCGAUAUGAAUGGAAACAUUGACAUCACUGAAGAUGAUCCACGCUGGCUGGGUGCAUGGUGGAUGGGGUUUCUUAUUUCUUGCUUUCUAGGAUGGUCUCUGAUUAUACCUUUUUCUUGCUUUCCAAAGCAUUUACCAGGCACUGCUUUAGUACGAGCUGGAAAAGUUUCUCAAGCCCAUCAGGAUGAAAAUAUAUCAAGAUUUCAGGAUGAGGAAUUUGGAAAGACCUUUAAAGAUUUUCCAGCAUCUCUUCUGAUUUUAUUGAAGAAUCCUGCCUUUAUGUGUUUAGUUCUAUCAACUACUACAGAAGCUUUGAUUACUACUGGAUUUGCUACCUUUUUACCUAAAUAUAUUGAAAAUCAAUUUGGAAAAUCAUCCAGCUAUGCAGCUACUCUUGGAGGUAUUGUUUUAAUACCAGGAGCAGCUCUUGGGCAGAUUUUGGGUGGUGUCAUUGUUUCCAGGUUCAGAAUGUCUUGUAAAGAAGCUAUGAAAUUUGCAGCACUUUCAUCUGCAGCAUCAUUUUUGCUGACUAUGACUUUAAUUUUCAUGAAAUGUCCAAAUGAGGCAUUUGCUGGAGUUUUUCAACCAUAUAAAGGAGCAGAAAGCAUAGGAAACAUCACAGCCUCUUGUAAUUUGAGGUGUUAUUGUUCUCGCUCAUAUUAUUAUCCUGUCUGUGGAAGAGACAGUCUCCAGUAUUUCUCUCCCUGCAUUGCAGGUUGUACGUCUUCAAAUACAAUAGAUCAUCAAAAGGUGUAUUAUAACUGUUCCUGUGUGGGACAGAAGAAACGAGUACUAUCAACUGUGGAGGGUGAUGUCAUAGAUGCUCAAGCUGGGAAAUGUGAAUCACGAUGCAAGAAUUUACCCAUAUUCUUUGCCUUUUUCUUUGCCACGGUUAUGUUUACUUUUAUGGCUGGUACACCUGUUACUGUGGCCAUUCUCAGGUGUGUAUUUGACAGACAGCAUUCUCUUGCCCUGGGCGUACAAUUCAUGCUUAUCCGAUUAUUGGGCACCAUUCCUGGACCAAUGAUAUUUGGAAUUGCAAUAGACAGCUCUUGUGUACUGUGGGACCUUAACGAUUGUGGAGUUAGAGGAGCUUGCCGGAUUUAUGACAACUUCAAAAUGGCCUACAUGCUGGUAGGAAUAAGUAUCAUUUGUAAAAUAAUCACUAUCUCCUUCAAUGUUUUUGCACUACUAUUAUACAAACCUCCUUCACCAGACAAAAGUGAAUCAAAUCAAGGAGGUGAUCAAGGAAUAAAUCUUGAAAGCAUGAGCUUAAAAAAAAUACCUGAAGAGAACAUUUCAAAAACAUUUCAGAACUGAUGGGUAUAGUUGCAUGACACAGCUGCAAUUUUGGAAUAUUAAAUAAAAAUUUGCAUUAUUAUUUUUGUAUAAUUUAUUUCAUAUAUUUAUCAAUUUCAGGUAUGUAAUUUUUAUUUUGAAUUCAAAUGUAAUAAAGUAGAUUUUGUGUCUAUUAAUUACCCUCAAAACUAUGAGCAAUUCUAAAAGAUAAACAUACACAUGUACAUUAUGGUGAGUAAAAGAGAAUCAUAAACCUAUCAGAGCAAGGAAAGGAAAACUAUAGGAGCUAAAUAGGGGAUCUGAUUACAAAAAAUUUUAAGUACCAUCAAAAAGACUAUUCCCUUUUGUAAAAUUUGUUUACUUAAUAACUGUUCUAUAGUCCAAUUGCAUAUCCUUAGAAUUUACAUUAAAUUUUCUCCCCCAAAAAGUUUAUCUUUGAAAUAACAAAGGAAUGCAACCUUUUAUACAAUUUCCAAUUAAAAUAAUUUCAGAAUAUAAUUUCAUAUUUUUUCUCCUUUUGCUCUGGACUGGCCUACUUUCAGAAGCUUUCUGUGUGUUGUUGGUUCACUUUAACUUGCUUUUAUCCUUUCAGUCAUGAAAUGGAAUAUGAAAAAAAUUAAGUACUUUGACUUAAAGGUAUUUUUUAAAAAUAACUCAUUGCUAUCCCUGAUUUACAAAAUUUUUUGGCAUUCUCUUAAAAAUUAACACAUCAAACUUAAAACUUCAUGAGUAAAAUCAAAUAUUUCAGUGGACAAAGACUGUCUAUUUUCCAAAUGUGAAAAGGCUCCUAAAUUUAAAAC